GAUUGAGACGCCCAGCAUGGAGUCUCAGAAGGAGCUGGGCCACAGCGGCCCCGAUACAGAAAUGCAGCAAGAAGAGAAGGAGAGGAAUAAAGAGAAAAUGAAAAAGGAAGAGGAGCAGCAGGUUGAAGGUGAAGGUAAAGCUGCCGCGGGCCCCUCUGUGCCAGCCGAGCAGUGCCCCGAGUGCGGGCAGAGCCUCCCGCCCGGCUGGCAGCCGGGGAAGCAGCAGUGCCCCCAGCCUGGCACCCAGCGCUUCAUCUGCACCCACUGCGGCCAGAGGUGCUCCAGCCUCCGGCGGCGGCAGCGGGGAGGCGCCCAGCCGGGUCCCAAGCUGCGACUGGUCUGCGACGAGUGUGGCAAGAGCUUUGGCAGCAGGUCUGCUCUUAGCCGGCACCACCAAAUCCAUGCUGGCAAGAAGCAGUUCCCCUGUGUUGAUUGUGGCAAGAGCUUUACCAACAGUUCUGCUCUCCUUGAGCACUGGAACGUCCACAGCGGCGAGAAGCCUUACAGCUGCCGUGUCUGCGGCAGGAGCUUUGCCCACAGCUCUGCUCUCAGCCGUCACCGUCGCAUCCACAGCGGGGAGAAGCCGUAUGGGUGCGCUGUCUGCGGCAAGAGGUUCACCACCAGUUCACACCUUAACCGUCAUCGCCUCAUCCACACCGGGGAGAAGCCGUACAGCUGCGGUGCCUGUGGCAAGAGCUUUGUCAGGAGUUCCCAUCUUAAGCGUCACCACCUCGUCCACACCGGCGACAAGCCACACAGAUGUGGUGAAUGCGGCAAGAGCUUCACCACCAGUUUCAACCUUAACAGUCACCGCCUCAUCCACACCGGGGAGAAGCCCUACAGCUGCGGUGACUGUGGCAAAAGCUUUUCCCACAGCUCUGCUCUCAGACGCCACCGUCGCAUCCACACCGGGGAGAAGCCGUACAGCUGUGGUGACUGUGGCAAGAGCUUUACCAACAGCUCUGCUCUCAGCUAUCACCUUCUCAUCCACACUGGGGAGAAGCCGUACAGAUGCGGUGACUGCGGCAAGAGCUUUACCAGCAGCUCUGCUCUCAGCUAUCACCACCGCCUGCACACUGGGGAGAAGCCCUUCCACUGUGGUGUCUGUGGCAAGAGCUUCGCUCACAGGUCUGUUCUUAGCUGUCACAGAGCCAUUCACACAGGGGAGAAACCGUACAGGUGCAGUGACUGUGACAAGAGCUUUCGGCAGAAGCACAGACUUGUCCUGCACCAGCACAGCCACAGCAACCAGAAGAUGAAGCUCAGCAGGAAGGCUUCCAAGAGUCUCCACUCCCAGUGCCACCAAGAUGAAUCCAAGCAGGAGGAAAAGGCAGAGGAAGAAAAAGAGCAGCAGUAUGAAGCUGAAGGUAAAGCUGCUGUGGACCCCUCUGUGCCUGCCAAGAAGUGCCCUGAGUGUGGGCAGAGUGUCCCACCUGGUGCGCAGCUGGGGAAGCAGCAGUGCCACCAGCCUGGUACCCAGUGCUUCACCUGCACCCACUGCGGCCAGAGAUGCUCCGGCCUCCUCCGGCGGCAGCGGGGAGGCACUCAGCCAGGCACCAAGCUGCGGUUCAGCUGCAGUGAGUGUGGCAAGAGCUUUGCCAGCAACUCUGCUCUCAGCCGGCACCAAUGCCUCCACACAGGGGAGAAGCCGUACAGCUGUGGUGUCUGUGGCAAGAGCUUUGCCAGCAGUUCGGUUCUCAGCCGGCACCGGCAAAUGCAUACUGAGAAGAAGCAGUUCCCCUGCCGUGAGUGCGGUAAGAGCUUCACCAACAGCACUGCUCUGAUCCAGCACUGGCAUGUCCACACUGGGGAGAAGCCGUACAGUUGUAGUGUCUGUGGCAAGAGCUUUGCCAGAAGUUCUCACCUUAACCGUCACCAUCGCCUCCACACUGGGGAGAAGCUGUACAGCUGCAGUGACUGUGGCAAGAGCUUCACCACCAGUUACCACCUAAACAGGCACCAUCGUGUCCACACUGGAAAGAAGCCAUUCAGCUGUGCUGUCUGCGCAAAGAGCUUCACCACCAGUUACCACCUGAACAGACACCGGCGUGUCCAUACCAGGGAGAAGCUGUAUGGCUGUGGUGUCUGUGGCAAGAGCUUUGCCCGCUGGUCUGCUCUCAGCUGUCACCGAGCCAUCCACAGCAUGGAGAAGCCAUACAGCUGCAGUGUCUGCGGCAUGAGGUUUGCAAACAGUUUCAGGCUUAAUAAUCACCAUGUCAUCCACACCGGGGUGAAGCCGUUCCCCUGUGGUGAGUGUGGCAAGAGCUUUGCCCACAGCUCUGGCCUCAGCUAUCACCGACACACCCACACCGGGGAGAAGCCGUAUGGCUGUGGUGACUGCAGCAAGAGCUUCACCACUAGUUACCAGCUAAACAGGCACUCCCACACCAGGGAGAAGACGUACAGCUGCAGUGACUGUGGCAAGAGCUUUGCCAGCAGCUCUGCUCUCCGCUGGCACUGCCAAACCCAUGCUGGGAAGAAGCAGUUCCCUUGCAGUGACUGUGGCAAGAGCUUCACCAACAGCACUGCUCUCCUUGAGCACCGGCAUGUCCACACUGGGGAGAAGCCUUUCUAUUGCCAUGUCUGUGGCAAGAACUUUGCCCACAGCUCUACGCUCAGUCGUCACCGUCGCAUCCACAGUGGGGCUAUGCCAUACAGCUGUGAUGCGUUCAGCAAGAGCUUUGCCAGCAACUUUGCUCUCAGCCAUCACCGUUGCGUUCACACUGGCAAGAAACUGUUCCACUGUGGUGACUGUGGCAAGAGCUUCACCACCAGCUUCCACCUUAAGAGUCACUGCCGCCUCCAUACUGGGGAGAGGCCUUACAGCUGCACUGUCUGCAGCAGGAGCUUUAUCAGCAGCUCUGCUCUCAGCUAUCACCGUCGUGUCCACAGCGGGGAGAAGCCAUUCCAUUGUGGUGACUGUGGGAAGAGCUUUGCCAACAGUUCUGCUCUUAGCCAUCACCAUCUCAUCCACACUGGGGAGAAGCCAUACAGCUGCAGUGACUGUGGCAAAAGCUUUGCCCAUAGCUCUACUCUCAGCUAUCACCGCCGAAUUCACACGAGGGAAACACCUUACAGCUGUGAUGACUGCGGGAAGACCUUUACCAGCAGCUCUGCUCUUAUCUAUCACCAGCACCUCCACACUGGGGAGAAGCCAUACAGCUGUGGGGACUGCAGCAAGAGCUUUGCCACCAGUUCCCUCCUUAAUGCUCACUGUCGCAUCCACACCGGGGAGAAGCCAUACAGCUGUGGCAUCUGUGACAAGAGGUUUGCCAUCAGUUCCCAGCUUAGGAGUCAUCACCUCAUUCACACCAGGGAGAAGCCAUACAGCUGUGGUGUUUGUGGCAAGAGCUUUACCAGCAGAUCUGCUCUGAGGUAUCACCGUUGCCUCCACACCGGCCACAAGCCAUAUGGCUGCAGUGACUGCACUAAGAGCUUCACCACCAGUUCCCUCCUUACAAAGCACCGCCUCAUCCAUGCCGGGCUAAAGCCUUAUAGUUGCAGUGAUUGUGGCAAGAGCUUCGCCAGCAGCUCUGCUCUCAACCGGCACCAUCGCCUCCACACGGGGGAGAAGCCGUACAGCUGCAGCGAUUGUGGCAAGAGCUUUGCCAGCAGCUCUGCUCUUAGCCGACACCAUCGCCUCCACACGGGGGAGAAGCCAUACAGCUGUGGUAUCUGCGGCAAGAGCUUUGCCAGCAGCUCUACUCUUAGCUAUCACCAUCGCCUCCACACGGGGGAGAAGCCAUACAGCUGUAGUGACUGUGGCAAGAGCUUUGCCUGCAGCUCUGCUCUCAGCCGUCACCAUCGCCUCCACACGGGGGAGAAGCCGUACAGCUGUGGUGUCUGCGGCAAGAGCUUUGCCACCAGCACAGAUCUCAGCCGGCACCAGCAAACACAUGCUGAGAAGAAGCAGUUCCCCUGCAGUGACUGCAGUAAGAGCUUCACCAACAGCACUGCUCUGAUCCAGCACUGGCAUGUCCACACCGGGGAGAAGCCAUACAGUUGCAGUGUCUGUGGCAAGAGCUUUGCCAGAAGUUCUCACCUUAACCGUCACCAUCGCCUCCACACGGGGGAGAAGCCAUACAGCUGCAGUGAUUGUGGCAAGAGCUUUGCCAGCAGCUCUGCUCUCAGCUACCACCGUCACCUCCACACUGGGCAGAAGCCGUUUGUCUGUGGUGACUGUGGCAAGAGCUUCACCACCAGCUCCAGCCUGAACAAGCACUACGUCAUCCAUGCUGGCAAGAAGCCUUACAGCUGCAGUGUCUGUGGCAAGAGCUUCACCACCAGCUCCAGCCUUAACAAGCACCACCUCAUCCAUGCUGGGGUGAAGCCAUACAGCUGCAGUGUCUGUGGCAAGAGCUUUACCAGCAGCUCUGCUCUCAGCUAUCACCACCUCAUCCACACCGGGGAGAAGCCAUACAGCUGUGGUGACUGCGGCAAGAGCUUCCGACAGAACACUGACCUGACCAAGCACCUCCGGCAUCGGCAAAUCCAUGCUGGGAAGAAGCAGUUUCCCUGCGGUGACUGUGGCAAGAGCUUCACCGACAGCUCUGCUCUCCUUGAGCACUGGCACGUCCACAGCGGGGAGAAGCCGCACGUCUGUGGUGUCUGUGGCAAGAGCUUUGCCGCGAGGUCUUCCCUCAGCUAUCACCGUCGUGUCCAUGCCGGGGUGAAGCCGCAUGGCUGCGGUGUCUGCGGGAAGAGGUUUACCAGCAGCUCUUGUCUCAAGAAGCACCACCGCAUUCACACCGGGCAGAAGCCAUAUGGCUGUGGCAACUGUGGCAAGAGGUUUGCCGACAGCUUUGCUCUCCUUGAGCACCUGAACGUCCACAGCGGGGAGAAGCCCUAUGACUGCGGUGUCUGCGGCAAGAGCUUUGCCCACAGCUCUGUUCUCCGCAGGCACCGUCGCCUUCACACCGGGGAGAAGCCGCACAGCUGCGGUGUCUGUGGCAAGAGCUUUGCCACCAGUUCCUGCCUUAACAGUCACCGCCUCAUCCACACCGGGCAGAAACCUUACAGCUGCGAUGACUGUGGAAAAACUUUUGUCCACAGCUCUGCUCACCGGCGUCACCGACGCCUCCAUACAGGGGAGAAGCCAUACAGCUGUGGCGACUGUGGCAAGAGCUUUGCCAGCAAUUCUGCUCUCAGCUAUCACCGCUGGCUGCACACUGGGGAGAAGCCGUACUCCUGUGCUGUCUGUGGCAAGAGCUUCACUACCAGUUCACACCUUAACCGUCACUCCCUUAUCCACACUGGGAAGAAGUCAUACAACUGCGGUGUCUGCGGCAAGAGCUUUGCCAGCAGGUCUGCUCUCAGCCUGCAUCACCAAACCCAUGCUGGGAAAAAGCUCCCCAGUCAUGACUGUGGUAAGAGCUUCACCAACAGCACUGGUCUAACCCAGCACUGCCACAUCCAUACUGGGGAGAAGCCAUAUGGCUGCAGUGUAUGCAGCAAGAGGUUUGCCACAAGGUCUCACCUUAACAGUCACCAUCGUCUCCACACCAGGGAGAGGUCAUACAGCUGUGAUGACUGUGGCAAGAGCUUCCAGCAGAACGCAGACCUGACCAAACACCUGCACAGCUGUGCCCACCAUAAGAAAAACAGUGGCAGCAAAGUGUCUGCAGGACCCCACUCCCAGCAACUCCAGGAGGUGCCCAGCAGCCAUGGGCUCCUCCAGCCCUCCUGACAACACUGAUGCCAGGCUGCCCUGCCCGUAGAGCUGCCCCAGCAGUGAUCCUUCCACUGGUUUUGCUGUCCUGGGUUCUGGGGCAGCUGCAUCGGUAACAGCAGUUGCUGCUGUGCCAUCCCCAGGCCAAGUCCUGAAACUUGUCUUGUGCAGAGAAAGCAGAUCAGAGGGCAGAGCAGAGCAGUGUCACGACCAGGGUGGGACCUCUAAGCCAUGCCGAGUCCCAAAGUGGUCUCCAUAAGCCCUGCUAAGUGAUCCUCACCAACACUAAGAGUGGCUUGGCACACUCAGGGAUGAAGCACCUGUUGCAUAUUGCUGCAAGUCAGGGAUUCCAAGGAAAAUGUGCCUGCAGCAGGGAACAAUCCCAAUAAAAGACUUUCCAAGGCUCUUCCAA